AUUAAAAUGAGGAAAAGAACUGCAAGAGGCAUUGGUGCAAUGGAUUGGGACUAGCUGUAUGGGGAAGGUGGGUGACAUCAGUGUUAAGAAAGGAGUGUUGAGGUAACAGCUGUUUUGCCUUACAGGAGAUUGGAGGGGGACUCCGCUGACGUCCUCUGAAUUUUUCUCAAGGAGAAACACGCUUGUCAACAAACAAGGGCGCCUAGGAUUGACGGUGGUUGCUUCAGUGGAAAUGUGUUAUAACGUUUCGCUGCCUGCAUCCAGUAUUCAGACAGGCGCGUGCGUUAAAAAAUCCUCGAUGCAUUCUUUUCCCAUCGUCCAUGUUUCUGAAUAUACAGUCAUAACAACAACCUCAUCACCAACACAGUGAAGGUGAUGAAGCUGAUGGUGAAAUGGUCAGAACCGAGAGACUAUUUGAGAAGAUAUGCAUGCACUUGAUGUGUGAAGGGCAAGGAGGAGACGCAGAGUGCGGGUGGGUAAUGUGGCGUUGUGUAUGCGACUUCGCCCGGGCUGCCGGUCUCGACCAACCGUAUCGGGACCAGCGGCGGAUGGGGUGACUUACCCGCAGGGGAAGACCCAGACGUGGGCCGCCACAUCCUGAAGCCAUCCCCGGGGUGUCUCCCUGGGACUGGGGGGACGUGGGGAAAGAUGCAGGAGGCGACGGCAGAUGGAGAGGAGCCCAUUCUGAACGGAGCUGGGAGGGAAGAGCAGCGUCCAGUGAAGCAGUCCUUGGCUCCCUCUCUGUGUCGAGAGUCUCACUGGAAGUGUCUUCUCCUCACUCUGCUCAUGUUCGGGUGUUUUGGCACACUGGCCUGGUGCAAGCUGUGUAAAGUUCCAGUGCUAGCUCCGACAGAGCCUGAGGCUGCUGUUGUGGAGCCUAGAGACCCUUCUAUGACCUCAGCAAGCUCCGAUGUCUAUAUCCCCCUAGAAGUGGAUCUGGAUAGUCCCUGUUCCAGUGGCUACAUUUAUAUUCCUCUCGCUUUUCUGGCCAUGCUGUAUGUGGUCUACCUGGUGGAAUGCUGGCACUGCUACUCCAAGACGGCCAUGUUGACUCAAGCAGAGGUUGCGGAGGUGUAUGAGCGUGUACAGAGGCUGCAGCAAGCAACGCCGUGCAUUUGGUGGAAGGCCAUCAGUUACCAUUACGUGCGACGGACAAGACAGGUAACGCGCUACCGCAACGGGGAUGCCUAUACCACUACGCAAGUGUAUCAUGAGCGUGUAAACACGCAUGCCGCAAGCUCAGAGUUUGACUAUGCGAGGUAUGGCGUCAAAGACGUUUCGAAGGAGCUUAGAGGCCUAAUGGAUUGCCAAGCGGUACGGCUGCGCUUCACCAAAUGCUUUAGUUUCGCCAGUGCCCGAGUGGAGGCUGCCUACCUCACCCAACGUGCACGUUUUUUUGGUGAAAACGAAGGACUUGAUGAUUACAUGGAGGCACGGGAGGGAAUGCAUUUGAAGAAUGUGGACUUCCGUGAGCACAUCCUUGCUUUCCCAGAUCCAGCCAGACUUCCCUGGUAUGCCAGGUGUAAAGUUUUCUGGCUAGCCUCAGCCCUGCUCCUGUCCUGGCCACUUCGGGUUGUUGCGGAGUAUCGUACUGCAUAUGUGCACUACCAUGUAGAGAAAUUGUUUGGUGAUGCUGAUGAUAACAGUAGGGGUGAGGUAACUGAGAAUGGUGGAGGCAACGUGAAUGGAAAUGGUCCUGGACCUGUGACUGGAUCGAGCUAUCAUGCCAUUUCACGUGUCAAUACGGUGGACAUGACAGAGCUGGAGUGGCACAUUCGCUGCAACCAGCAGAUGGUGCCAAGCUACUCUGAGGCCCUGUUGAUGGAUCCCGGUUCGGGGGAUAACCAAGGUACCAACACUCCUCCAGCAGGGCAAGGGACUAACUCAACAGUGGGUGGCCCGACUCUUCCUGUGGCCUUCGCUUCGGCCUACUUGCUCCAGAACUGUCCUCGUUGCCGCCGCACCACAAGUAGUGUUUCUCUGCCGUCCCGGCUGAGAGGCCCGACUUCAGCUCUGCUGAGUGGAACCAUGUCUGGGAUGAGAGCUAGUGGAUCAGGAGUUGGUCCUGGAGGCCCGGGACGGCUGGUUCUAAGCAGGAGCGGCUUCUCAUUAGGACGGCUCCAAGCUCCUCGGCCAUCAUCCCUCUUCCACUCCCGAAGUGUUGGUGGAGGACUUGCGACAAGAGGAGAAGAGGCAAGUGGGGGAGGUGGUUUCUUAUGUUUGGGAACUAGACAAGAUGAAGAGAGCAGAAGAGUGCUGUGGGGACAGGUCGAUGAGGAUGAGGAGGAGCCAAAUGUGGUGGACGGAGAAGAAGGAGGUGAGAGAGACGGGGAAGAAAGAGAGCAACAGGAGGACGCAGAAGAAGAUGAAGCCAGGGAGGGAGACGGACCUCCUACAUAUCAGGAUGCCUUUUUCUUCCCAGUGUUGAUUGUGCAUGGAGGGGAGAGUUGCCAUUCAGGUGAGGACAUUUUCUGAAGACCCCCCCAUCAAAAAGUGCAUUGAGGUGGCAAUAAAAAAGAGAGAUGAUUAGAAAAGUCAAACUGACAUAUAGAAUGUGAAGUAAUUUGUUAGUUGAGCUCCACUCCCCUUGGUCACUGUUGCUAAUUCAGACAAACUUUGCAGAAUAUACUAUAGGAAAGAACAAGAUAUAUACAUACACUGUGAGUUUUUAUGUUUUAAAUUAUGCAUGCAUAUGAAUGAGUAAAAAAAAAAAAGGUAAAAAAAACCGACGUGAAUGCUGACCACAGGAAACUGAAAAGAGACACACCAAUUUUUAAUAGAGAUGAAUCAAUACGUAUGUGGUUAAAGAUUAGAUGAAAAUAUGCAGCCUAUAUAAACUCCAGGUACCUCGCGCCACUAUUAUAAGUGACCUGGCAACAAUGUUUUACCAUAAUAUCUUGCAUUUAAAAGUAUCCAUUCACUCAGAUCCACCAUAGACUUUCAUUAAAAGUGCAAAACUUGUCUGAGAAAAAAACUAAUGCCAACAAUUGCUAAGUGGGAUUGGCCAAUAAAGUUUAUAAGACAGCAUUUGGAGAAUGGUCAGUUGGUUCAGUUUAAAACGGAUGCAUAAAUUGACCAAACAAUGAUUGAUGUUAAUAUAAACUUAUCUAUGCAAUAAAGAAAGAGGAAGAGAGUGUUUGUAAAAAUGUAGGGGGAUAAGCAACAAAAGAAGAACUUUUAAUAAACUGCACCUCCUCUGGUCAUGGAGAAAAAUGCACCAAAAUACAUGCUAUUGAAAGACAAGACCAUUGGAAAGUCUUCCAAAGAUGAUGAAGAGAAGAAAACCAUUCAGUUCAUCAAGAGGAAGGUUAAUCUAUACACAUAGCCAACAUAGAGCUGUGUCCCAUAAGUAAAAAAAAAAAAAAAAAAAAGGGCCCACCAAGAACAAAGUGAAGACCCUGAUAAACUUGCACAAAAUGUUGGGAUUCAACUUCUUGAGACAUUUCAUUGUAACUAUUUGUUUAGUUGUUCUUUUUUUAAAAAAAAUGGAUCUUUGCUAAAACUUAUGGAUUCCAUUAAUAUUGCAAGGAAUAUAAUCAUAUUAAGCUGUUUUCUUGCAGCUUUAUUGAGAGUAUUUUCUUUCUGCAGGCAUACAAGUCCCAGUAACACGUUUUUGGUUCGCUUAUAAAAAAAAAAAAAACUAACUACAGCACUAAACUAAAUCUUGCUUUAGUGAGGUGCUGUAAUCACACUGUGUUCACUUUCUUUUUAUUGUUUGUCAAUAAUUGUUUAUUGGUACAUCAUAAUAUCACCAAUUUGCCUCAUGAAGAGCUUGACACAGGUGCAACACACAGACAAAAAUAAUGGUACAGCAUGUUGCCCUCCAUCGUAGCCUCUUUGCUUGUCUUUGAUUGGCUGAAGUGUCAUGUGAAUAAAUAGGCCAAUCAUAGAUUAGACUGCUUAGUGUGCCAAGAUACAUCCAUCUCCUGGUAACUGUGGAUCCUCGUGAGACAUCGUAGUAGUGAGUUCACUGCAGCACACACGUGAGUGUGCUUAAUAAUUGGAAAAUGUGUACAAACCACUGAUCUAUAUUAUAGAUCAGUGGUACAAACGCAAAAUUUCCCACCUGUGUUUGAGCUGUCAAGCUAUAAAUAUAAUCUGCAAAUACACAUUGGAAGUCCAAAUGCACAUGCUUAGUCCUAACAUAAGCCUAGAGCAUGCAGAUACGCUCUCAUUUAUCCUUUAGCAGGUCACAUAAAUGUUGCAACUGUACUGCAAAUAAUUUUAAAACAUCUUUGAUUAAGAAAAAUAACGUGUUUUUGCAAUACUGUCAAGUGUGCUGUCACAACGUGAAUGUUGAUCUAACAGUGAUGUGGUGUCUAAUUAAAUCACAAUAAGAAUGUAAAGUAUGCCAUCUGUAUUUUACUGUGCAGUGCAUUUUAUCCAUUCACCUGUUGUUGAUACCAAGAUGGUGGAAACGGAGUUUUUUUAGAUUUACUUUUAAAUUGCAGAAGUUUCAGGUGGUCUUGAGAUCAACUGUCUGUAUGUUUGGCAUCUCUAUGUGUGUGUUUUCAAGGAAAUGCAAGUUUGUAUUUUUUUCCCCCAGACAGAUGAAACAUAAGGACCGUUUAAUAUUAAAAGUAGCAUCAAAAUUAAACCAAUACUUUACUUUUUGUCACAAUACCAUUUCUGAUGUAGCCAAAUUCAUUGAGAUGUCUGCGGGAUACAGUACAUUUAAUUUGUUCAGUUGAAAUAGACAGGAGCUUAAUAGUUGUCCCUCCCCAAAAUUACUAUGUUUUUAGCAAGCAAAAUAUUGCUGUUAUGCCUCAAACAGGUUUGCCUGAAAUGUUUUACAGUGAUUUUUGGAUUCUUGGAGUUAUGAAAGGUUGUUUGAGUGUGUUGGAAGGAAGGCUGAAUAUAAGGAUUGUCACAACUGAUGAGCAUGAUAAACAUAAUACUGAUGGUACAUAAUAAACAGCUUUAUUUGAAAUCGUA